AGCAAGAUGGCGGCGAGCGCACUUCCGGCGUGUGUCGGCAGAAUGAGACCGGGCUGCUGCUCCAGGUACUACCCGGCGGGUUCCGGUGUCGCAGCAAGAGGCCGAGGUGAUGGCGGGCAGACAGUCUGGUUGGAGCCGAGUGGCUCUUCUCCAGCUUAUUUUUUGCGUGAACCUGAUAGUAAUGCCACUCGCCCAGGCCCGGAGUCUGCGCUUCGUUACCUUGCUAUAUCGACAUGGAGAUCGUUCACCAGUGAAGACCUUUCCCAAGGAUCCCUAUCAAGAAGAAAAGUGGCCCCAAGGGUUUGGUCAGCUAACCAAGGAGGGGAUGCUUCAACACUGGGAGCUGGGCCAGGCUCUGCGACAACGCUAUCAAGGCUUUCUAAACACCACCUAUCACCGCCAAGAGGUUUAUGUGCGAAGCACCGACUUUGACCGCACCCUCAUGAGUGCUGAGGCCAACCUGGCUGGACUCUUCCCUCCUGACGGAAUGCAGCGCUUCCUCCCAAACAUCUCUUGGCAGCCGAUCCCUGUCCACACUGUGCCUGUCACUGAGGACAGGCUGCUGAAGUUCCCCUUGGGCCCAUGUCCUCGUUACGAACAGUUGCAGAAUGAGACCCGGCAGACACCAGAGUAUCAGAACGAGAGUGUCCAGAAUUCACAAUUUCUGGACAUGAUUGCCAACGAGACAGGACUUACCAACCUGACACUGGAGACGGUCUGGAAUGUCUAUGACACCCUCUUCUGUGAGCAAACACAUGGGCUGGCCCUGCCACUCUGGGCCUCGCCUCAAACUAUGCAGCGUCUGAGCCAGCUCAAGGACUUCAGCUUCCGCUUCCUCUUUGGGAUCUACCAGCAGGAGGAGAAGGCCCGGCUUCAGGGGGGAGUCCUGCUGGCUCAGAUAAGGAAGAACCUAACUCUGAUGGCAACCACGUCCCAGUUCCCUAAGCUGCUCGUCUACUCUGCGCACGACACUACCCUGGUCGCCCUCCAAAUGGCACUGGACGUCUACAAUGGGGAACAAGCCCCCUAUGCCUCCUGUCACAUAUUCGAACUGCACCAGGAAGAUAACGGGAAUUUCUCGGUGGAGAUGUACUUCCGGAAUGAGACCGAUAAAGCCCCCUGGCCGUUGAGUCUGCCUGGCUGCCCUCACUGCUGCCCGCUACAGGACUUCCUGCGCCUCACAGAGCCUGUCGUGCCCAAGGACUGGCAGCAGGAGUGCCAGCUGACAAGUGGGCCUGCAGACACAGAAGUGAUCGUGGCCUUGGCUGUGUGCAGCUCCAUCCUCUUCCUCCUCAUAGCGCUGCUCCUCACCGUCCUCUUCCGGAUGCAGGCCCAGCCUCCUGGUUACCGCCACGUCGCAGAUGGGGAGGACCAUGCCUGACAACCACUCGGCCCCCUUCCGUCUGCCUCCUAGGGGGGGUGGGCUGGGCCCUUGCUCCUCACU